AUGUCCACUACAGAACAAGCCAAACAAACACAACCAGAAGCCAGUCCAAAGCCAAAGCCGGUGGUUUUGUGCAUCGGUAUGGCUGGUUCUGGGAAAACGACAUUUAUGCAGAGGUUAAACUCCCAUAUCCAUUCCAAAAAGCAAAUCCCAUACGUGAUAAACUUGGAUCCUGCCGUUCUUAAAGUUCCCUUUGGAGCCAAUAUCGACAUAAGAGACUCAAUAAAAUAUAAAAAAGUAAUGGAGGAAUACAAUUUAGGACCCAAUGGGGCAAUUGUGACGUCUUUGAAUUUAUUUUCAACCAAGAUUGAUCAAGUGCUUAAAUUGGUUGAUAAGAAACAGGAUAAAAUUUCCAAUGUUAUCAUUGAUACCCCGGGUCAAAUCGAAUGUUUUAUUUGGAGUGCUAGUGGGUCUAUUAUAACUGAAGCAUUUGCAUCAUCGUACCCUACGGUAAUUGCCUAUAUUGUCGAUACACCAAGAACAACAAGCCCAACAACAUUUAUGUCUAAUAUGCUUUAUGCGUGCUCCAUUUUAUACAAGACCAAGCUUCCCAUGAUUGUGGUUUUCAACAAGACGGAUGUGCAAAGUUGUGAAUUUGCCAAGGAAUGGAUGGGUGAUUUUGAAAAUUUCCAAAUGGCAGUGCAAAAGGACCAAGAAGAAAAUCAAGAACAAUCGAGUGGAUACAUGAGCAGCUUGGUCAAUUCAAUGUCAUUGAUGUUAGAAGAGUUUUACUCUAAUCUAGAUGUGGUUGGAGUGAGCUCUUAUACGGGUCAAGGAUUUGACGAGUUUAUGGAUGCCGUGGACAACAAAGUGGAUGAGUAUAAUGAGUUUUAUAAAGCGGAAAGGGAAAGGAUAUUGAAAAAGAAGGAGGAGGAUGAGAAAAAGAGACAGACCAAGUCAUUGAACAAGUUGAUGAAAGAUAUGGAUAUGAAAGACAAAAAGAAACAAGGGCAAGACGGUGAGGUAUUGUCUGACUUUGAUGAUGAUGAAGUAGACGAGGAAUUACAAGGAGAGAUAUUACCUGACGAAGAAGAGGCCCAAGAGUUGGCAGAAUUGGGCAAUCCAUCGAGAGAAUAUACCUUUGCUGAAGAUCGCCUGUCUGAGUUGGACGCAGCCAAGGAUGCUGAUUUACAAGCAAGGUAUCAACAAGCAAUGGAGGCCAGGGGAAAACCUGUAUCGUCGCAAACUGCAGAGAACAUUGCCAAAUACAUCAAUAGAUCACAGUAG